CAUGGGUGGCACGCAAAGGGGCAUUUAUCGUGAAAAGGAGGGUUGGGGGCGGGGACUAAAGGUCGACAUUUCCUGCUGGGUCUAAUGAGGAGCUUUUGGUGGUUUAUGAGCAAGUGCAAAGGUGCGGACUGAGGUAGAUGCUACGUGGCAGUCGUCGGUGACACAUCUCCCUCUCAUUCUGCUCCUUGACUCUUCGAGUUGUGGAUGGAAUUCCGAUAACGCCUUUUUAGCCAGUGGCAGUCACAGUGAUUUGGCAGUGCUCACUGGUGGCUUGGAUAUACGGGAACAUUGUUUACAACAGUGAAUUAACUUGUUUUUUUCUACUUCAUAGUGGUGUAUUGUGUUGGCGUGGACUUGGAAAACGAGUGCAUCCUAUAUUGAUAUAGGGAAAUUGAACAUUGUGCUUUGGGCCCUUUUGCUGUAUGGUCCUUCCCUUGUGACUUAGUGGGUAAUGAUUCCCAUUCAGUGAUUACUUGGACUUAUAGUUAAAACAUUUUAGUGGUAUAACAGUUCUUCGAAAAACAUUAGAGGACUUGAGCAUCAACAAUAAUGUUGAAUUACUUUGGUUGUAGUGCUGCGGACCCUCGAAUGUGGUCCCGUGAGGAUGUGUCUGCUUUCCUCAGGUGGUUUGAGCGCGAGUUCGAAUUGCCUUCCAUUGAUCUCUCAAAAUUUUGUAUGAAUGGAAAAGCCCUUUGUAUGUUGAAUAAGUCUGAUCUGGCUGACCGUGCUCCAGGUGCAGGGGACAUCUUGCAUAACACACUACAGUUCCUCCUCCGGGAUGCUCCUCAGGUUCCCCAGUCACCCAUCACUCCCCAUCACCCUCUCCUUUCUCCAUCUCCUCUCACUUCAGGUCCAGGACAGCCAUGGCCCAUCAUGAACCCAGAAAUGCACACAAGCUUCAGUCACUUUUUACACCAGGGCGGGUCUGUCACACUCAGUCCAGCACCUUCUGAACAGAGUGGAGGCUCUCCUCGUCACCCUGAUACAGCCUCAUCCACCUCCUCUACAUCUACAGCAGCUUACCAUCACUCCUCAGCUGCCUCCACUGGAUCAGCACACUCUGGAAGCCAGUCUGAUUCAGAGGACUCUACCAGAGACUCUUCCUCUCCUCAGCGGUCCCCUCUACCACCAAGCAGCACAGCUGCUGUUUCAUCAUUCCCUGCUCAUGCUUUAGCUUCCCUAAAACACCUUAGUGACUAUCAGCGAGCUGCCGCAGCAGCGGCCGCUGCUGCUGCAGCUGCAGCUCAGAGUGCUUCUUCCCAUCAAGAAAAUCUCCAACAUCAACAGCAUCAGCAUCAACACCAGUCGCAAUCACAGCCCCAGCCACAGCAAGGACCCACAGGACCAAGUGAAGAACCUGUAGAAACUGGAACUAAUGGGCGUCUUCUCUGGGAUUUCUUGCAGCAGUUACUAAAUGACCCACAACAACGAUAUUCGCGUUACAUUGCAUGGAAGAACAGGGAGACUGGAGUGUUCAAAAUUGUAGAUCCUCCAGGUUUAGCUCGGUUAUGGGGCAUACAGAAGAACCACUUAAGUAUGAAUUAUGACAAAAUGUCCAGAGCCCUUCGAUAUUAUUACAGAGUAAACAUUCUCCGCAAAGUACAGGGUGAACGCCACUGUUAUCAAUUCCUUAGAAAUCCUUCAGAACUCAAAAGCAUUAAGAACAUUAGUAUGUUACGUACAGCACCUCCACAGUCUCCACGCAACAAGGAUGCACCAUCAGCAGUACAGCCAGCACCUAUGGAAGAAGAGGAGGGACCUACAGACCUAUCCAUGUCUUCCAUCCAUCACCAGUAUCAUAGCCAACCACCUGCCCCCAUGGACACUCAACCCCAGAAUCUAAAGCGGGAGCCACACAGUCUCUCUGUCAGUAUCAAAACUGAAGAGUACCUAGAGCACAGUUACGAGUAGCCAUUAGUACUAUGAUACUUGUGGUAUUACUUGAAUAGCCCAACCUGACCUAACCUAAUCCAAAGCAACCAUAUAAUGGACAUCAUUGCCAUAAAGUGUAGGGUCAGGUCUGCUGCUCUCGGCCCGUGCCCUCCUCUUGCCAAUUCUGCUGUGACGGUGGUUUUGGCAGUGGUGGUAAUGGGCGGUGGUGGCUGUGAGGGUGAUGCAACAAUGCAUCACCCAAGGGCAUUGUUGGAGCUUGGCCUUGUCAUGGUAAGCUGUAAUGCCAUGGAAUCCCAUGAAGGUGAAUAUCAACACCAGGGAAAGGGUCGCUGGCCACCGGCUCCGUGCCUUGCUCAGGUUGGCAGUGACAUACGUGUCCAGUGGGAUGCCUCGUUCAUCUGCCUACCACCUUCACUGUGGCUCACUGUGAUAAAUAAUGUACACUCCCUUUUAAUUUUUCUUUUUUGUUAUUUUUUUUACUCCUCGACUUCAGGCUAGAACUCAGUCUAACUGCCAUUUAAUUCUCCAUAUGUACAAAGUUAUUUACUUUAAGAAUUCGUGUCAGACUAGUAACACUGGUUCCUCCUUGGCAUCUGCCUGGCGUGGUCUUGGUUUCCUUGGGCCUGGGAGUUUCUUGGCUGUACAGUCCUUGGCAUAUAUGACGUUACAGUGUUUUACAUAGUGUCGCCUUCUCUCGUAGUUGUUGUGAUAUAACAUCAUUCCGAACUCAUCGUAGGCUUGGUCAUUCAAGCAAGUGUGUGUGUGUGUAUGGGUAGAUGGGCCUUAACUUUCAUCCUUAUUCUCCCUGGGAAUAUUUGUGAAGGUCUUGGGCCACCGCUGGGAAGUAGAGUUGCCAAAUACCACUUGAAGCUCCCUCGUCCCCACCAGUCACGUUUCCUGGAGAUAUAUGUAGACUUCAUGUUUUAUGUGAUUUUUGUCUUUCAAACCAUUGAUCACUUUUAUCAUUUUAUGUUUUAGAAACCAAGAUUACAAAUUGUACACCUCACAUUUUCUUAACUACACCAUAUGCAUAUAGAUAUAUAUUAUAACUGUAUAAAGUUGUAUUUAUAAAAUAAACUUGUUUUGUACA